AUGUACCACACCUUCCAGGCCGCGACCAGCUCCAACUCCAUAGAUGGCGGCGAAGGCGGCAAAGGACGCCCGGGUGGCUCCAGAAGGAUCUCCACGAGCAACGCAUGUGUCGAGUGUCGACGACGAAAGAUACGAUGCGAUGGUGCGCAGCCUUGCGGUCAGUGCCACUGGUAUCAACACCCAGAAUUGUGCGCCUAUUCGAAGCCGGCACAGAGAAUCGCCCCCUCUCGAAAUCGGAGCUCCACGCCACCUCCAUACAGCCUCGACCCAGAUCCACAUUAUCUUCCUCCUGCCGACAUUGGUGAGAAAAUGAUCGACUCUUACUUCGCUCACAUACACGUACUCAUGCCCAUGAUCGACGAGGACCACUUUCGACAAAGCUAUCUGUACGCUUCACGAAGGGACUCUCCUUGGCUGACCCUACUCAACAUGGUCUUUGCACUGGGAUGCCUCGCCAGUUCGACAUGUGACAACCAAGAGCACAUGGCAUUCUAUCAGCGAGCCCGGAAGCAUAUGGAAGUGGAAACGUUCGGAAGCGGGAGUCUGUACGUCUUGCAGGCCUUCGGAUUGCUCAGUGGAUACUAUCUGCACUGGCUGAACAGGCCUAACGAGGCCAAUGGCAUCAUGGGUGCCACCCUGCGAAUGGCCACUGCGCAUGGCCUGCACCGAGAAUACAGCGAAAGCAGACGAACCGAUAAGAAUAAUAACUCUGGCGGAAGUGGUUGCGUAGUCUUGAGCAAUUCGGAGGUUCCUGUCGAGAUCCGGAGGAGAACCUGGUGGAGCCUAUACAUCCUGGAUUCUUGGGCCGGCAUCACUACCGGGAGGCCUAGUCUCGGGAGAACUGGCCGGAUCACUGUGCAGCAUCCGAGGAUUCCCGAGCAGAUGAACAACGCGCAGUAUUUGGCUUCGCUACGGCUACUGCCGAUAAUAUACAACAUCACAUUCUGCAAGAUUGCGACCAAAGUGCAAGAUAUCCUGGCUGAGAAGUCUUUCAUUCCGUUUGAAGAGCUAUUCGCGCUGGACGCGGAGCUCGAGAGAUGGCACGAUGAAUUACCUCCGAUCCUGCACGAUACAGCAUGUCCAGAGGUGUUGAAGACCCCCAGAGCCAUCAUGCUAUGGCGAUAUCAAAAUUUGAAGCUUCUCAUGCAUCGGCCAGUGCUGCUUACGACGGCGCUAAAACGUACAGCUUGGACCAACAUGUCAUCUGACGAGAGAUUGGCGGUCGGAAGAUGCAGAAUUGUUGCGAGCCAAGCCAUUGUUGAUAUUGAUGCCACUUGUAAAGACGACUUGAUCGCUGGCUGGAAUGGCGUCUGGAUGAUGUACCAGGCUGUAAUGGUGCCUCUGCUCUCGCUAUUUUCGGUGCUGUCAAUGCCUCCUAAUCCCACACGAUGGCACCGUGACAUCGAAAGAUCAAUAGCAUUCUUCGACAGAAUGCAACCCUGGUCUAUCGCUGCCAAGAAGAGCAGAGAUGUCGUCCAAAAUCUGCACGAUGCGACAAAAUAUGUUGCCGAGCACAACGCACGAUAUCAUCAGCAGCAACAAGAGAUGUUCCAGGGACGCAUUUCUAUGGUCGAUCCGGAUACGUCCUCAUAUGCCGCGCAGCCCACGGCAGAGCCGCCUGCUGAAGUUCCUGUUCAAUAUCCUAAUGGUCUUCCCUAUGCUGGUCCAGACAUCGUGAGCUUUAUGAAUAAUGGGUGGGGAAGCAGUCCCAACUGGGAAGCUGACAUGAACGAGUUUUGGGAUGACCUGAUGUGGGACACUUUCCCAAGCGACGUGCCCAACAGUGCGAGCGCGAAUUUUGACAGUAUUGCUCAGACGGAUUGGUGGCUGCAGGUCAACGGAGACCAGGAUUGGGCGCAAUGGAAUGGCGGAGCGAAUCCACAAUAGCCAUACGCAAAAGUUUUGAAGCACAGUGGUAUUGCGCCCUGUGCAGGCUGCCGUGUUUCUGGCUAUGAGCGCCAGUGUGCCCAAUUGGUUCUGAAUGUCGCAGAUUCGCAGAUUCCGCAUUGAAGAAUGGACUGAAAGACCUCGCUCACGCUAGUAUAGUUUCCCAGCCAUUCUGCAUCAUCACAUCCAGCCAGUAGACAUCUCGU